AUGGAGCGAUCCGAUUUGACUGGUGUUCUGUCCAUAUCAAUAGUUGGAUCAGCAAAUAAUGGCCAAACUGCCAAUAGUAUUUUCAGUGGUGAACCUCAAUCAAAAACAUGUCUCCGAGGUAAAUUGCUGAGGAGAUCGGAACGGAUCCGGGAAAGACGUGCAAAGGAGCCGAGCAUGGGGAGACAGAAGCGGUUCAGUGCUGAUACUGAGCGAGAUCGGAAGAGUCGAAAACUUGAAAACAAGGAGGGUUCGAAGAAUCGAAAAAAGCGGGAUGCCUUACGUCAUCGGAGUCGUCGAGAACGUGUUGAAUCUUUUCUACAUGUUGAAAUGGAUAGGGCUAUUGUAUCUUAUGGCUACCUCGGUAGAAUGGAUUCUAAGUGUCGACACUGCGGCGCACUACACUUUAAGUGUGAGAUCGCAUCUGGGAGAAAAGAUGAAUACAAGCAAUGUUAUCACUGUGGAUCUGUUGAGCUUCCUUCACUGCUGCCAUAUCCAGAUGAAAUGAAAGUCCUUCUGCAAGAUGCAGAUGUAGAUGAUAGAAAUUUCAGAGAACAUGUUCGAAAUUACAAUAGCGCUCUGGCAUUUGCAUCAUUGGCUGCUCAGAUUGUUGCACCAACGACUCGCUGA